CAGCUUCGCUCACGUUCUGGAUUUACUUUACAUCGUGUAAUCACCGCUGCAUCUCUCCAUCACUUGUCAUCAUGCCUCAAGGAAUGGAUGGAAGGACUCUGAUCCUAUGGGAUCUGACCGUUUCCUUGAUUAUCAUCUCCUCUGUCUUUAUGCUCGCGCGUCUCUACGUACGGUUCUUCAUGAUCAGAAAUCCAGGUCCGGAUGAUGCUUUGGCAGUGAUUGCUUGGAUCUUCCUCCUUGGACAAACGUCUUGCGAACUCGCUGAAACCUACAACGGCUCUGGCAAGAACAUAUGGGAGGUACCACCAAACGAGGUCCAUACCUACUUCGCUCUUCUCGCGACCCAACAAUUACUGUACUUUUUGGGAACAGGAUUCGUCCGCCUAUCGAUUGAUGCUGUCAUGCUUCGCUUGACCAAGGAUAGAAAUUUCCUUGUACUAAUCUAUAGCGUGGGAGUUGGUAUCGCUGUCCUUACCCUCAUCUCAUUUUGCAUCGUCUUGUUUGAAUGCGAUCCAAUUGGAGAUCUAUGGGACAAGGCAUCGGGACACGCGAAUUGCAUGUCAAUUGAACACGAGGAGAGGCUGGUCUUCGUUCAUGCCGGGUUUGGAGUAUUAUUCGAUUGUAUUCUGCUGCUCAUGCCAAUGUGGCUGCUAUACAAGGGGUUGAAGUUCGACAUUCGCGCCGUUCGCGUCGGACUUACCUUUGCAGUCGGCAUCUUCACGAUAGUGACUGGUAUUAUACGGUUGGUUGCAAUCAUGAGAUAUCAAAUAGACGUCAAUACGACCUACACGGCGACCUACAUCGGCGUAUGGACGCACUGCGAAGGCCACUGCGGCCUCUGGGUAGCCUGCUUCCCCGCGCUGCUGCCUCUCUUCCGCAAAGCCGGGCACGCCCUAGGCCUCGCCACGCGCGCAGUCAGCAGCAAGCUCAGCAUGGCCAAAGAAUCCAACGAAGCAGCAGGCACCGCCCCGGGAGCGACGUCUCUCAACGCAUCCGCGCUCUCCCCCGUCUCCUUCACGACGUUCCUGCCCGACUGGCCCUCGGGCUCCAGCUCCAGCGACGCGCACCCAUACCACUACAGCACGGAAGCCUACGCCAGCAAUAUUACAACAGCAGCAGGAGCAGCAGGCGCCGCGCCCUCAGGCCUGCACACCCCGCUCCAGCCCCCCUCGCGCAAGACGUCGAGCGUGGCGCUCCCGCCCGACCUGCACACCCCGGCAGACAUACCAGCGCGAUGGACGACGACGGUCAGCGGGCCCCGCGAACCCAGCCUGCCCGGGAGCAUGGGCGGAGGUGGCGGCGACGACGACGACGACACGGACAGCGGCGCCCCGGCGCCCGAGGACGAUGUCCCCGAGGCGGGGAUCCGCAUGACGCGCGUGGUGCGCCAGUACAGUGAGGUUGUGUCCGCUCGCUAUGAUCCGGCGCUGGAGGACGUGAGGGACUGCUUGAGGGCUUGGGAGACGCAGCAGCCGUCGAGUGUGAGGCCGGGGUUUAGUAGGCAGAGGAGCGGGUUUGGGUCGUAGUGUUGGUAGGUAUGGUUGGUGCUUAGUAGGUAAUACGCAUGCACACGAAUAUGGAAAUCGUUCCGCC